AUGAGCUCCCCAACCCUUAUCUUCAUACAUGGCUCCUGGCACCAACCAACAUGCUACGACCCAAUAAUCAAACUCAUUGAAGCCCAGCAAACAUCCAAAUGCAUAUCAAUCGCCCUCCCCUCAACAACAGGCAACCCAUCCGCAACAUUCAAAGAUGAUCUCGACGUCGCCCGCGAAGCCAUAUCCAACGAGAUCGACCAUGAACGCAACGUAGUAAUCAUCGCACAUUCCUACGGCGGCAUGGUCGGCAACAGCGCGAUAAAGGGAUUCGCGCACAGCCAAUCCACAAAAGGCCGCGUCCUGGGCUUGAUCCUCAUAGCAUCCGGCUUUACAUUAACCGGGCUUACAUUCAUGGAUCCAUUCCUGGGCCACCCGCCUCCUGCCUGGCGCGUGAAUACCGAAACGGGCUUUGCGGAGCUGGUCGCUUCACCGCGGGAAUUGUUUUAUCAUGAUUUGCCCAGGGAGGAGGCUGAGUUUUGGGUUUCGCAGCUUACGAGCCAGAGUUUGAAGGCUUUGUUUGAGGGUGGUGAAUAUACUUAUGCUGGUUGGAAAGAUGUGCCGACUUGGUAUAUUGGGACUGUGGAGGAUCGGGGGAUUCCGGUGCUUGCGCAGCGGCUGGGGGUUGGAAUGGCGAGAGAAAUGGGAGGAAAUGUUGAGCAUCGUGAGUUGCAGACUAGUCACUCGCCGUUCUUGAGUCAGCCUGAGGCGACAGUGGAGAUCAUCCUUGAGGCUGUUGGGGCUUUCACGGGGGCGCCACAGAAGAAUGAACCGGUCGCUGGACGUCGUGGUGCGAUGCUUCCGACUCUGCCGAGAGCUACACUCUGGCAGCCCUUCACUUGGUUCAAGUUUGGACUUCCUUUAGCCCUGGGUCAUGUUAUAGGGAGGGGAAUUCUCGUGUUUAGAUGGGGGAGGAGAUUGUGGAGGUCGAGGUUUGGUCUUCGCAGUCUAUGA